AUGUCGUUCAUGUCAGAUGUGGCUGCAGGCCUUGAUGCAGAGGCCUACUUGGCGGGCCUGAGGAAACAGCAGGCUGAAGACUCCCCGUCACCACUGUCAGAAGCUGUGCAAACUGCGUCACCCAAGCUUACCAAAGCAUGUGAUGUAACGCCAGAGAAGAUAUCCCCUCCAAAGCCCGACGAAGUGCAAAGCCCGGCCCCAGCAGCCUCCUGCAGCCCCCAGCAAGUGGAGCCAACGCAAGUGGAUCCGUACUUGGAUACAGCCUCGGAUGGCCCAGCUAUCCAGACCACUCCAGAACGUUACACUGCGACGCUGGCCAGCCUGGGGUUAGAUCGGGAAGUGGAGGAAACUGGAUCCCUCACACCAACUGAAAUGGAGGUCGACGAGGCUGGCUUGUGGAAGACAUAUGCACAUGUAAGCCAUGGAGAUCUUCAUGAGAGAUAUAGGAAGACGAACGGUCGCCUGGACGUGCCAGAGGAGGUUCAUGCGAAAUGGAAGCAGGGUGGAAAUUCGCGCCGCUCUUUGCUGAAAGUGCUUAUCUCCUGCAAGGGCAAGCCGGACCGCGACAUGAUCAUGACAUGA